AAUAUCAAACCGCUUUGUUGUAUCGUACAGUAUCUCUAUUUAGUUUGUGUUGUUGUCUUCUUGUUUUAUCGUAAAAGCCGAAUUUUCCAGGUUUUAUUUGUCGUUUUACACUUGAAGUAAUAUAUUUUGUGAAUAAUGAAUGCGCCACCUACCUUUGAGUCAUUCCUUUUAUACGACGGAGAAAAAAAGGUACAGAAGGAAGAGGAUACAAAAGUAACAAAUGCUGCAAUAUUCACAGUAAAUAAGGAGGAUCACACCCUAGGAAAUAUGAUUAGACACCAACUUCUUAAGGACCCAAAAGUAUUAUUUGCUGGCUACAAAGUCCCACACCCUUUGGAGCACAAAUUUGUUCUUCGCAUUCAGACCACAUCGGACUACACCCCUCAAGAGGCUUUCAUGAAUGCCAUUACUGACCUUACCUCCGAGCUCUCAUUAUUUGAAGAGAGGUUUAAGGAAGCUAUCAAAGAAAAAAAGGAUGGAUUGGACUAAGCAAUUUUAUGGAUUUAACGUAAAAAGUAGGAUAAGAUGUAAUUUUUAAAAUAUUAAUGUAAGGAAAAUAAAUUUGUGCCUAUUUAAA